GCUAUAAAAGGAUAGCUUGGGGACGAUUCAUUAGCACAGCAAACAUGGCAAAAAUAGCCCAUCAUCUUACCACUCUUUUAGUGGCUUUAGUGUCCCUUAACUUCUUCCCUUCAGAAUGCCAAGCAAAUUACUACUAUACUUCGCCACCCCCACCAGCUCCAAUUUAUAAGUACAAGUCUCCGCCACCGCCAGUUUAUAAGUACAAGUCACCACCACCACCUUCUCCCGUCUAUAAAUCCCCACCACCACCCGUUUAUAAGUAUAAGUCGCCACCACCUCCAGUUUAUAAGUACAAAUCUCCACCACCACCCGUCUAUAAAUACAAGUCUCCCCCCCCACCACCUCCAGUUUACAAGUACAAAUCUCCACCACCACCUGUCUACAAGUACAAGUCCCCACCACCACCUGUUUACAAGUAUAAAUCUCCUCCACCACCCGUCUACAAGUACAAGUCUCCUCCACCACCUCCUCCGGUUUAUAAAUCUCCACCACCACCCGUUUACAAAUACAAGUCUCCUCCUCCACCACCUCCAGUUUACAAGUACAAAUCUCCACCACCACCUAUUUAUAAGUACAAGUCACCACCACCACCACCUCCAGUUUACAAGUAUAAGUCCCCACCACCGCCUGUCUACAAGUACAAAUCUCCACCACCACCACCUCCAGUCUACAAAUCUCCACCUCCACCUGUUUACAAGUAUAAAUCUCCUCCACCACCUGUUUACAAGUACAAAUCUCCACCUCCACCUGUUUACAAAUACAAGUCUCCUCCACCACCUCCUCCAGUUUACAAGUACAAAUCACCACCACCACCUGUUUACAAGUACAAGUCACCUCCACCACCUCCUCCAGUUUACAAGUACAAAUCACCACCACCCCCCGUUUACAAGUACAAGUCACCUCCACCACCUCCUCCAGUUUACAAGUACAAAUCACCACCACCCCCCGUUUACAAGUACAAGUCACCGCCACCACCUCCUCCAGUCUACAAAUCCCCACCACCACCCGUUUACAAAUAUAAAUCACCACCACCCCCUUACCACUACUAUUACACUUCUCCACCUCCUCCUAGCCACUACUAGGUUUGCACUCUCGAUAGAGGACAAGAGGAAUAAGAAGGAAAUGAUUCAUGAGAGAAUAAAUCGAAGAGUUUCAAAGAAGUAGUAAUUAAAGCAACAAAGGGACAGUUAUCUUAUUCUGUUUUGUGUUUUUGCCAUUUGACUUCACGAGUUGUAUAUCUCGUGAAGUUCUAGUAUAUCGGAUUUAUGUAAUAUAUUUAUCAUUUUAUUUACGUACCAAGCCGUACAUGUUUAUUUGCUUUUGAGUUUUGGCUUCAUGUUGGAUUUUAUAAGUCAAGGUACUCUGUAAUAAAGAUCAAUAAGUUCAUUGAAUAACAUUGUUGUGAUUUCGUUUUCCAAA